AUGAAUGCUCCAGCAACAUUCGAAUCGUUUCUAUUAUUAGAUGGUGAAAAGAAGAUCGUCGUCGAAAAAGAUACGAAAGUACCUAAUGCAGUUGUUUUCACCAUUAGUAAAGAAGAUCAUACAUUAGCAAAUAUGUUACGUGCUCAACUAUUAAAAGAUCCUGAAGUGAUAUUUGCUGGCUAUAAAAUUCCACAUCCACUCGAGCAUAAAGUUAUUCUACGUGUACAAACAGCUGGUCAUGAAUAUUCGCCAAUAAAUGCGAUGGAAAACGCAAUAAAAGAUCUCAUUUUUGAAAUGGACAUGUUAGAAGAUAGAGUUAAACAAGCUAUUGCCAAUCGGCAAAAUGCUGAAUGA